AAACGGCUGCCGGGCAGGCUGCGUUGCUUGGAACUCACCUCGGCAGUUCGCGGUGCAUGAGCCAAAGGUGAGCAAGCUCCACGCUCGCCGAGCCCUCCCUUAAAUAGGCUCACUCCAGUCCGGUUUGGUCUACGACCUAGGACGACCCAAGGAACAAGGUGUCUUUACUUCGGAGGACUCACCAACCGGCGUUCAAGUCUCCGCAAAAGUGCCUGAGAAAGUGUUCGCGAGUGCCAUGAGGUGUUGAGGAGCGCCGAAAUCCGGGAUUAAUCGCGGAAUUUUAUUUUGGCAACAUGGGUGCCGCCAACUCAGCCCCUCAACACGAGCCCUUGGGCCGCACCAGGUCCUUUGCCCACGGACGCAGCAGUUUUCGUAGCCCCAGCAAGUCUGGCGGUGUCGGAGGCCCGCGAAGGAUGGACCGUCUGAGGAGAAGCCUGCGUGACUCUUUUCGCCGCCGCAAGGACCAUGUGCCCGAAAGUUCCAAGCCACACAUGUGGCAGGCUGAUGAGGCUGCCGUCAGGGCUGGUACCUGCAGCUUCAACGUCAAGUACAUGGGCUGCGUGGAGGUGUUUGAAUCUCGCGGAAUGCAGGUCUGCGAAGAAGCACUAAAAGUGUUGAGGGCGUCUCGGCGGCGGCCCAUCAAGGCGAUUCUUUACGUCUCUGGAGACGGACUGAGGGUGGUCGAAGACGAGACCAAGGGUUUGAUCGUGGACCAGACGAUAGAAAAGGUGUCGUUCUGUGCACCGGACCGGAACCACGAAAAGGGCUUCUCUUACAUCUGCAGGGAUGGCACCACUAGAAGAUGGAUGUGCCACGGAUUUUUGGCCAUCAAGGAAACUGUAAGUGGUGAACGUUUGAGCCACGCAGUAGGCUGUGCGUUUGCCGCUUGUCUGGAGCGCAAACAAAAGAGGGACAAAGAAUGCGGGGUCACCAUGACGUUUGACGCCAAAAACUCUACGUUCACGAGGAGCGGCAGUUUCAGGCAAACCUCCAUCACCGAAAGGCUGCAAGACCCUCAAGAGUGCAAACCGACUGAAGUGGACCCCUUUGUUCCUAUUUCUCCGCCACCCACAUCCAAAGAACCUGAUGUUACAGAACCACCCCCAGUAAAGCAAGUGCACAACCCCUUCGCGAUUGAGCGGCCGCACGCCACCCCUUCGAUGCUGGAGCGCCAGGGCUCGUUCCGAGGAUUCAACACGCUCAGCAACGCAUCACCCUUCAAAAGACAGCUCUCCCUCAGACUCAGCGACCUGCCGUCCAACCUUGAGAGGCAGCAGCGCUCCCUCAGCCUAGAGUCCUCAAAUAACAGAGCACCGCCCCGACCCUCAGUUGCCGUUGGUGUGGCCUCCGCGAGUCCGCAACCUCCUCCCAGGACCCAGCGUAACCGGCUGCACUCUCUGCCGAACGCCAUCAACAGUCUGUACGCAGUGAGCCCGAUCCCCGAGGUGUCUCCCAUGAGCGACAAGUCUGCUUCCAUCGACCCCCUCAGCGCCCUUUGUCAGCAGGUUUCACAGGGUAUGUCCUUGCUCACAUCCGCGGACGAUCCCUUCCCUAACCUUAACGAGUCAUCUCAGAUAUCGACUAGCUUAGCAACAAAGCCACCACUGCACACACAAAUAUUUUCAAAUGAUCCAACCAAGCCGUACGUGGACCCAAUCAAGCUGUACAACCCGUGGAUGAACGACUCGCCGAAAAGCACUGCAAAAACAUCAACUGCAGCCGUCACCACGUCCUCCUUGGUGGCUACCAACAACCUGAACAACAACCUUGGCUCGUCAACGACGUCCUGGAGCUCUGAAGUAGUUGUGGCCCCCACGAUUCCCACCUCUUCCGAGGCCAUCGACAUUCCGCAGCCAGACGUGGUGCUCGAGGCAGCAGCCAUAACGACGCCGGCCGUGUUAGAGGUUGCCGGACCCACCCUGACGGGCUCCCCCCUGCCCAAGCCCGACCAGUGGCUCACCAGUCUGACGGCCGCGCCCCCAAAGCGUCCACCGCCGCUGGCCAGCCUGCGGGCGCAGUCGCUGGGCACGGCCGAGUCGGCCAUGAUCGGGACACGCGCCGGUUGGAACCGCAGCGACCCGUUUGACGCCGAGUGGGCUGCCUCGGAGGCGCAACGCACGCAGCAGCAGCCCUCCUCCACCAACCCCUUUGCCCAGGCGGGCACCGUCAAAGCGUUCGAGGUUCACAUGUAGCGCAAGCGAGUUUGUUGUGCACAAAAUUUUGAAAUUCGACGAGCGGCCGUGAAGAUAGAUUUAUUCUUAUUUAUCAGUUGUUGACUCGUUUGUUGUUGUUGGCGCCAGGGAGUGAGUUUUAUAUUCCUUCUGAUGGUUUGCGCGAAAGUCUGAUUGGGCAGCAGCUGGUGACGGUCAGUAAGCUCUGAAUGAGAGAAAUUUACUUAAGAACCAGAUUUUACUCUUUUGUGCUUUUUCAGUUUCAUUUUCAAGAGCACCUACAAGUUUAAAUCCUCUCAAAUUUUAUAUUUACUAUGUCUGACAAGGAAUCGAGUUGGUUUUUGGCAAAAUUAUUAUAAUAGUUUAGUAUCUAAAAAGUUUAAAGAGAUAUUCAUUAGUGAUUUUUAGUUUGAUGCAAUAAUUGGCAAGUUAUGAGUUGAAAUUUUUAUGGGAUUAAACGAGUGAAAUCAUCCUCAAUCGAAUUUUGAAGCCAGUUUUCAUUCAGUAGACUCUACUUGACAGGACAAAUCGAUCGGCGGGUCAUUUUUGCAAUAAUUUUUGUCAAAUACGACUCGCCAAUCGAUACGUCUCACUCAACAGAGUCUACAAAUCAAAUUUCGGUUAAAUUGAAUAAAAACUGUAUAGUUUCAAACGAUUUUGAAGUUUUGGGCCUUAUCUAAAUAUCUCCAAAAAUCACAAAAAUUGUCAAAUUAAAAAAAUUUCAUCACUGUUUAUGUGGUUCAAUCAAAAAAUGCUACACGAAUCUAAUGUAUUUGCCAAAAAUUUAAACGUCAAAAACCUUGUGUGUCAAUCUGACCGUAUAUAGGGGGUUGAUGAGUUAAUUGGUGCUGCUUGAAAUGGAACUGUGAAAAGCUUUUAAGUCUUAAGCAUGACUUUGUUCAAGUCUUCCUGUCAAAAAAUGUUUUUAAACAAUUUGAUGAUUUCAUCUUUAUCUGUCCUGUCCAAAUUUUACUCCCUGGUUUUCAACCUUGUUGAUGUGUACAUAAAAUGGCUUUAAAUUGCUGAAAUAGAAAGAGGCUCGUUCCAGACCCUCAUUCUGGCGGAUUGUAAAUUUUGUUGAUCAACAGAGAAGUACUUAACUAUAAUUAAUGGUAACACAAGAUCAUUAAUCGUGCACUGCUGUCUGUGUAAAAUAUAUUCCACUGUGUAGCUGAAAAAGUAAAAAUUUGAAAGUAGCAGAAUAACCGACAAAUAGCUGUCUUUAAUGUUCCAACAACUACAAGCAAUUAAUUGACUUAAUACCGACCAUAAAACUGCAUUCCACCCCUUUCGCCUCACAAAAUUUAUUUUUUUCUUGCAUUCUUGAGUUUGUCUCGAAUGAUGAGAGGUGUUAGGGAACAAAUUUGGAGUUAUUUUUGUGUCCAGAGAGUUUUAUAAUGUUCAAUUUUGGUGUGCCAUUGCUUUAAUUUCAUGCUCAUCGGUCAUGUUGUGAACUAACUCUCCGCCGUCACACCUCUACUGCACAAUUUUUUCAAAUCCCACAUGUGGCACACAAUGCACCAUGUUAUAAAUUAUAUAUGAAUGUUAAAAAAGCGGCUGAUUUUCAUGAUGCACUCACUGAUACAGAUAUAGAAAAGUAGUUGCAGAGACCAACUGCAGACGCGGCUGAUUCUCCAUCAUUUGCAUCACAGGCAAAUUGUUUUUAGACAGCAGUACAUUCAACGAAAGGUGUUCAAGUGCAUUUGAUGUGGAAUCAGUCCGUUUAGCCAGAGUGCUGCUCCAGAUGCGUUAGUCGAGGGCGAGAAAAUAUAACACUUAAAUAUACUCAUGUAACUGAUGUUGUUACUUGUUAGCAAAAGACUACACACACACACACACAUGAUGAGAGUAACCAAACUAUUAAAUCGCAGUGCAGAAUAAAAUAAAAUAGUGCCUGAAAAAAUAUAUUAACCAGUGGAUUGAAUGGAGGAUUAAUCACACUUUAGCGUAAAGAAAUUGACAAACAACUGCUAGUUGCAUGAAUUAUUUAUAAUUUUUUAAAAAGGCCUGUACUUAAAGAGAUAACACAAAGUGGUGAAAAUCAGCCUUGCAAUUAGUUUCUACGCCGGGAGAGGCAGCUUUCAUAGGCCUGCCUUUUGCCGGACUGGAAAAUGAGGAAGACUGACUUUGAACACACUCUGGAGACGUGGAUUUACUUCAGCGCACCUUACCUAGAAUGUUGUUAUGGAUGUAUUCAUAGCUGAGAAACAUAUCAUCGUUCAAUUCGAAUCUCUGAUUACGAGCAACAAUUUUAUUUCAAUCACUUCCAUUUGACAAAACAGAAAAUAUCUUGCGGACUCUUUCACCUCUAUUACUUAAAAAACCGUGUAAACUAAUUAAGUUCCGAGACCAAUGAGAUGUGCAAUAAGUGAAGAAAAAUCAGAUUUUUUAGUGAAAUUGCAAAUAAAAUACUAAUCUUAAAGUGGGUAAUUGUGUAUAAAUUAAUACAACCCAUUCAGGUUCAAAAUUUCGCAAAAUGUGCUCCUGUAUUGGUGUUUUAUUUGCGAUGAAGGUGCAAGAACGUUGGAAGAAAUAAAAAUAUAUUAAGUAUUACACCAUAAAA